ACGCGAGAUUUACAUCAAAAGCUUCGGUCAUUGAUCGCUUUAUUUUCCCUUGGAAAAAUUUCUACUUUCGCACAAAAUCGCAAAACUUAAAAUAUUGUUACAAUAAUAUUAUAUAUGUACACUUCUCUCUUCUUUGAAUUUAUAUGCGAUGCAGUUUCCAUACAAAGUGAACUAUAGAUGAUUACGUAAAUGUACAUACCGAGCAUACUUUAGCGAAAGCAUGCAGAGUGCUAGGGGCGAAAAGCUUACGAUCAUCUUACGUUGAAUCUUAAAGACAGCAACGCUAUUUUCGCAUAUUUCACGAGACAGAAAUUAUUCAAGUGCGGUUUAGAAAAAGUGGCAUUUACAAUUAGUUCCUUGCAAGUAUCAUCCGGGGAUCUGCUGUCAGAUCGAGAUCGAUUUCGCGCCAAAUUGUUCGACAAUGGAAGAGAUCGUGGAAAUAUCAGGGGACGACGUUCAUGAGAAUCCGAAAAACUGGGGCGACACUAUGGAAAGGAUACAGUAUUGGUAUCCGGAAGGUCAGCAAGGCCAGCAGAGCGAGCAGGAACUGGCGACGAAAAUGCUGCAAAUUCAAAGCAAAAGAUUCUACCUUGACGUAAAACAAAACAGACGUGGAAGGUUUAUCAAAGUCGCUGAGAUCGGAGCGGAUGGAAGAAGAAGCCAAAUCUAUCUGGCACUCAGUACAGCAUCCGAAUUUCGGGACCAUCUGUCGACGUUUAGCGAUUUUUAUGCAUCUCUAGGUCCACCAAAUCCGGAAAACGUACCAGACGACGGAAAACUCAAGUCAGAAAUGAUGGUGAAGGAUAAUAGGCGAUAUUACUUGGACCUCAAGGAGAAUUCUCGCGGCCGUUUCCUGCGGGUGUCGCAGACGAUAACACGGGGAGGACCUAGAACGCAGAUUGCAAUACCAGCGCAAGGUAUGAUAGAGUUUCGUGACGCGUUAACGGACCUUCUCGAGGAAUUCGGGACGGAUGACGGUGGCUUCAAAGGCGACUUGCCGGAGGGCCGUUACAUGCGUGUGGAUAGUAAGAAUUUCUAUUUUGAUAUCGGCCAGAACAAUCGUGGCAUCUACAUGAGAAUUUCUGAGGUGAAGACAAACUUCAGGACAGCCAUCACCGUACCGGAAAAGUCUUGGGCGCGUUUCCGUGAUAUCUUCGCAGAUUAUUGCGAAAAGAUGAAGGAGGGCGGCGGCGUUAGUAGCAGCAGCGGAGGGAAUGUAUUGUCCGAGGGGAAGGGCUCGGUGGUGGCACAGGUACCAUCGCCAUCUUCGAACACACAGCCUAACCCCAAUCCAAAUUUAGACUCUCCCCUAAUCAAGUGAAAAAGGCUUUAACUUAACUCGAACAUUUGGGAAUUAUAACUCGUUUUCAAGUCAUUAAGCGAAGUAAAGGAAGUUGUCAGAGUCUAUGCCAUCGUCGGUCAUCAUCAUUAUUAUUCAUCGGCUAUGACAUCGACAUGGUCAUCGGCAUGAUCAUCGUCAUUGUCACACCGCCAUCGACACCACAUUACUGUCACCGUCGCCUGUCACCGAGAUACCGUCAUCGACACCGUCAUCGUCAUCGCCACAUCAUACACCGUCACACUUGCCAUCAAUUGCGCGAACACCAAAACUCGCCUGAAAUAUGGCCAUUAUAUCGCAAAGAGUAUCAGCCGAUUGUUGAAUGUAUAUUCAUAUAAUCACAGAUUUGAUAAAAAAAAGAAAAAAGACGGGGUGCACGACGGUAUAUGGUUAUUAAUACACAAAUGAAUCGGCGCGUCUCGCGAAGAUGAGAAAGGCGGAAGGUGGGAGAGGAUAGAUGGUGUGUGUGUAUGUGUGUGUGUAUGUGUGUGCGUGUGGGCGUGUGUGUGUUUGCAUGGAGGGAAAACGAGUCACUGCCGCUCGUGCGACUAACACAGAAUAAACAACAAGAAAAAAAGAGACACGCAACAACGGAAAAUCGAGAAUAUAAUUAUUGCGCGAUAUCUUUUUAGGCGAGCACGAGUUGCCAUCGAUUAACGUUAUGAGUACUACCGUUCAUUUCCUGGCUUUUUGCGAACGCACGUCUGUUUGGUUUUGCUAAGCUUCUUGUACUAAUUUUUCAUUCUCAGACAUUCAGGGUACGCGCGUGCGCGUUUCACUUGUCACUUGUGCGUUGAACGAACAAGAAUCUUCGAACGGGAAAUGGACUGUAGUGUGGAUCACGUUACAAUUGAAUUUGAUCGUUCAGAAUUUAUGAAUAAAUAGUUGUUAUAUUAACGAUUAUAUCACGACGAAGUAGAAAGGGGAAAAAGCGUGUGAUUUGUCGCGAGGGAAAGCGAAAAUAAAGAAAAAGAUCUAUCGUGUCUACGUAGGCAGUACGUAUGUCUCUUUUCGAUUUAACCGACAAAAAAAAUAUCUUGAAUCAAGUCGCUGUAUUUUCAACGGACACUCGUUGAGCAAAAGUCGCGAAUGGUGUGAAUGUAGAUAAAAUAUUGCUGAACGCCUCUUGCGACUCCAUUGUCAUUUUCUCGACGAUAAAAGAGUGCGAUUUAUUACUGCGGUUAAGUCGAACGAAACAUAAGAGGAAAAGAAACCAAGAAUAAGAAUGAAAAAAAUAUUCGCGUAUUAUCGCAAAUAUUCGAAUAUUUAUAUAUUACUGUCUGCAUUGCGACAUCAUACACUCGUUUAAAAACUGAAUGACGUCUUUAUUAAAAGUAAUGAGAUAAUAUAUAUAUAGCAUAGGUGAGGGAGAGAGAAAAAAAAGGGAUGGUAGCCCGAGAGAAUAUGAAACCAUAUAUUAAUACAUAUUAAUAUGUAUAUUAUACAAAGUUAAUUAUACGUUUUGUUUCAUCGAUUCAUACGAAAGGGGUGCACGCGAUCAUAUAUAUAUGAAAAAGACGCGUAAGAGACACGCGCUUUUACAAAAUGCAAAAAACACACACAUAUACAUACACAUACAUGCAUGGAUUUAUGCACGCAAAAACAUGCAAUAUACAUUUCGGGAAAAAAAAAAAAACACCAAACACGCGAUUUCGAUAUUUUCCACACCGAAUUCACACAGAAUGAAUAACGACACGCGCACGACGUAUAUUCCACCAUAAAAAAAAAAAAACAUAUUCCGCCGCAAGGAACACGGUACAAGAGACGGUGUAUGUAAUUAAGUUACAUAAGUUUGAACGAUGAUCGAGUUCUAACACAAUUGCAUAUUAGGUAUGUAUUAUACGAAUGCAUAAUAGGUAUUUAUAUAGAAUCUAUAUAACUGUAUAAUUGUAACGAAAUGCCAAUGUCCGCGGACCCAGGCAACUGUACAAAUCUGGCGACGUACAAUCAAUCGAAUUGAAAAUCGUUGUUGGGCGUUGCAGUUGCUUAGGUCCCUCUUGCCGGACACAGGAAGAAAGAUGAGACAAAACGAAUGGCACAGAAAGGGAAAAAUAAUAUUUCAAGAGAGAGAAGGAGGAGAAUAACACGCAAUUGUGUUAUCUCUCUGAGUAAAAAGGAAAUCUAAAUACGCUUCGAUUCUGCAACGCUGUGCUAAUAUCAACACAAUGAUAAAUAUCUAUCCGUUCUCUUUUGUGUUUCUUCUGUGAUUGAAACGGCAAACCGACAUAAAUCUAUAUUUCGCACUGGUGCGAAUAUGAAACGAAUGAGAAACCCAUAUAGAGGAAGAAAGACACGUAGAUACGCGUUAUUAAAAAAUGCUAUUUAAUUGGGGCGCGUUCGAUUGAGUGCGUGAUCGGCGCGUUUGCAUUUUCGAUGAGAUAUAAAAUGAGUAUAAUUUUAUUUAUUUUCUAGCGACAAACUCUUAUUGCUAACGUAUUUCGAUAGUAAAAUAAUUAUUCUUCAGUUGCAUUUCCUUUUAAAAUUUACAAUUUCGGCUGGUCUGAAUUUACUUAGCACGUAGAUCGUUUCGACGAAUAUAAAUAUGAAAUAUAAAUCACAAUAACAAAUUCAAGUACGCACGAGUGGGUGAUAUAUAUUGAGACAAGAAUCCCGAUCCUCUUCGAUUUUAAAGUAUAAUUUUUUCCAAGAUGAUCUUUCUCACAUUCUUUCUCUCAUUCUUUGAACGCACGUUUAAAACGAUCGUUCCGCGAUAUCGAUAUAUAUAAUUUGUAUUAAUUAAUUACUAAUAACUAAAAUUAACGAGAAGGACAAACGAAAUCUAUUUCAACAGAUUGUUGACGAGCUUUUACAUGUCUGUACUUUUUUUUUACAUCUUUUCAAAUUUAUUAUCGGAAAUUUUUUUGUUAAGUUCAAGGGAAAGGGGGAGAGGGGUCAGAAAAAAACCUGCGAUCUGUGCAACAAGCAUUGUAUAUUGUUCGGAUAGAGCGUUGUAAACGGAAACUGCAAGGAAGAGGCAUAGAAAAAAAUCGUUCACUGGCGCAGAUGGUAUGACAUUGUGAUCUAUGCAAAUUACAAAUCACAAAGCAGCCACAAGUAGUAGAUAUUUAAGAUAUAAAUACACGUAAAAAAAAAAACACGUACGUCUAUGGCGACUAGAGAAAAAGGGGAGGAAACACUGUGUUACUGAAAUGUACGCGCGAUAGCGUGCAUUUUAACACGUUAUUAAAAAGCGAGGACGACUACAAACGUACCUAACUAAAAAAACGCAGAGAAGGCGAGAGAAAGAGAGAAACAGAUAUAAAGAAAACAAAAAUAAUGAAGAGAUACCGUCUGACACACGUAAGAAUAAGCAAAGUAAUAUAAAAAUGAAUGAAAAAAAAACAUGACGCUCCUGCCACGCAGCGAGUCUUUAGACAGCUUUAAGAUAAUAAUUAUAAAUGAUAAAAAUAAUAAUUAUUAAAUAAUAACGAUAAACUUUCUAUAUGUUGAAUCGUGUCUAGUGAGAGAAGUACUAUCGAAGUAAAAAAAGCAACACAAAAAAAAAAUAAUAAUACUACUAUCGCCACACACAUGAAUUAAUGCAGUUUAUAUGACCAUUGAUUAGUUGUCUCUAUCUCGCGCGCGAAUGUUCUUUUCUUUUUUUCAUAAUAUAUAUAAUAUAGCGAGGAGAGAAAAGGGGUGGCUGUUAGAGAAAUAGCUUUUGGUGUUUCGUUUGAUGUUUUAUGAACAAACGUUGCGCGGUUGGUUGAACGGCGGACCUUUUUGCUAAAUGUUAUAAUAUCCACAAAAGGGUGCCGGAGUUCCAUAUACCUGUGUUUUUAUAUAUUCGGUGGAGUUGAACACCGGAGCUACUGUUAUCCAUUGUCACGCGCUAAUUCUUAUCACGUAGGAUUUUCAUAUGUGUACGUGGAUCGCGAGCGACAAUUGCGUGUAACGAUAUGAUAUCGGCGUUUGCAUUGUAAAAAAAAUAAAAAAAUAAAAAAAACGCAUUCAUUUCCAAACAACUCACGUCUUUCAUAGCGAGACGAGUCGUCGCGAUAGCGACGUAAUCUCUCUCUCGCUGCACGAAAUUGUGGCUCAUAAAAAGAAGCGAAGCUUUAUCAAGCUAAGUUUCACCUAGUAUGAAAAUCCUGUCGUUGCUGCGAAUAUUAUUAUUAUUAUUAUUAUUAUUAUUAUUAUUAUUAUUAUUAUUAUUAUUAUUAUUACGAUUAUAUUGUCAUUAUUCUUACUAUUAUGAUUAUUCUUUUUAUUACCGCUAUGAUUAACUAUUAGUAUCUAUUAUAUUAUCGGAGAGAGCUGUUGUGUACUGAGAUUGCUAAUAACGAAACCAGUCUCGAGCGGGCUGAUCUCUUUCGUUUUCUUUUUAGCAUCACACGACAACGAUCAGUCGAGUUUGCGAAUUUAAUGGCUUUUCCGUUCUCCAUCCUUUUAUUCCUCUCAUCCCAAUCAAUCUCGAUCUCAGCCAAAUCCUUCCUCUCUCUCUCUUUCUUCGCAUCUACUUACUUAUGUAAGCACAUUUUCUUCUCUUCUUCUCAGAUUCGUUUCCGUUCUUUCUAAUCAAGUCUGAUAUAGAGUGCGGUUUCGCGAAAGAGAUAUAGAGAAGCGAGAUGAUGACAGAUGCGAGUCAAAAAGAGAGAGAUAGAGAGAUUCGACGGGAAGUCGAUUGAUACCAUCAAAAGUUGGAUCGACGGUGUUAAAUUAAACAUUGAUUCGCGAUCUAGCGGAUCAAGCAAGAGUAAUCAUCCUUCGAUGCGUUGCGGUUUCCCUUUUUUUUUCCUCCUGGCGCGCUCUCGCGUGUGUGCAUGCGUGCGUGAAUGCUAAUUUGUGUGCGUGUGUAGGCUCGACAAUCGAAGCGAGCGAGCGAGCGAAUUCUUUGUAAGGCGAGAGAAGAAAUUGAGAUGAGAAAAUUGCCGAUUGCGAGGACGAUGCGCCGUCGAAUUACGUUAACACCGCGAUUUUCGGAGGGAGUUAUAUACGCAGGAAUUAUACGUGUCCUUGAACUAUUACAUUAUAUCAAUAGCGUAACAAAAAUCAAAGUUUGUUGUUGCAGAAAACAGUGAGAAUUACUGCGAUUGGCCUUUGUAUGUCAUUUGAUUUAUUAAAGAUAACAGUCUGUUGCAA